AUGGAGAAAACAGAACCAACAAAUGAAGGUGAUAUCCUGCUUGAAGCUGCUCAAAAGAGGCAAACUAGAGGUAGAAGAACCAAAGGAUGCUCUAAUGGGAUCCUCAACUGUCUUAGAGCAUCUGCUAGGACCUUUACAGAGCUCAAUAAGAGGAUUGAUUUCAGCCAAGAUGUGGUCUUUUGUAAAGACCAAACCUUGAAACUUGAUGAUAAGGAAGCGUUCACCAAUGUCCUCAAGAAGUUCCCUUGGAUCUCUUAUAGAUCUGAUUUUAAGGAAAUAAAUGGUUUCACUAGCGAUUCUGGGUGGGGAUGUAUGAUUAGAACGGGCCAAAUGAUGAUUGCUUACACUCUAGUUCAAAUCAAACUUGAGGAGUAUAAGACCCCUGAGUCAGAUUCAGUGCACGAAAAGGUGCUACAUGCCAUAAUUCCAAUGUUUUUCGACAAUCAGAUGGAGUUUGAUGCUCCAUUUUCAAUCCAGAACAUUAUUCAAAUUGGAGAAAAGAUGUAUAACAAAGCUGCGGGUUUAUGGUAUGGAGCAAACUCAGUGUCCCAUUGCUUGAAGGAAUGUCAUGAUCGUUAUAAUACUAAAUUCAAUUCAGACCUAGAGAUAAAGAUCUUCAAUGAAGGAAUUGUUUAUGAAGAUGAGAUCACUAAAGUUUUGGAAGAAAACAAGAGACUUCUUGUUAUAAUCCCUCAAAGAUUAGGGUUAAAGAAAGUAGAUCCAGCAUAUUUUCCUCAGAUAAAAGAACUUCUUGGGUGUAAACUCUCCAUGGGGAUACUUGGAGGCAGGGAUACCAGUGCUAGGUUUAUCAUAGGCCACCAGGAAGAUACUCUUAUCACUUUGGAUCCUCAUUAUGAUCAGUGAACUGUAGAUACCCUCGAUGAGGGGGGUCUUGCGACUUAUGUCACUGAAUAUUCAAGAAAUUUCUCUAUUUAUGAUCUGGACACUACAGUAGCAUUUUGUUUCUUGAUUUCCAGUACAAUGGAUAAAGAAUUUUUGAAUGCAAAAAUAAGUACAAUGAAGGUCAAAUACAAAGAUGAUAAUAUCUUAAUCAUGCUAGAAAGCAAGAAGACACUGGAAGAUAACAUCCAUAAUGAUAUCGAAAGUUUCUAA